AUGAUUGCUGCUGAACCAAACGCUCCAAAAUCGGAACCAAGCAAUAUAACCUCUGAACCAAACACUAAAAGUUCUGAUUCAAGCCCUACAAGCCCUGAUUCAAAACCUGCCUCAUCUACUGCCUCCUCCAAUGGCAAUCCCUCUUCGAAAACUCAAAAAUAUACCUUUAACUAUUUAAAUAACCCCAACUUGCACUUCACUCUCGCAACAGUGCAAUCCCCUUGGGGCUACAAGAUUUGGGUAAGAGACUUUUGUAAAGCAUUGCACAAGCAGGGUCUAGGCUAUCUUCUACCUUCACGCGACGGAACCUUUUCACACGUUCCAGACGCAGAUGAGAAGGACUACAUAACACAAAUCCACUCUGCUUGCGUUCCUGUAGACAAAUCCCCAAAAUGGUUAAAAUUGAAUCCUGAAGACGAUGCUUCAAUUGUUGACUGCUUCCUACGUGCUGUCCAAAAAAUCAAUGAAGAGGAAUAUCCAACAAAUAUCGUGGACGAGAUGGCAAAUUUGUCUCUACUGCCAGAAGAAUCUCUCCAGAGCUUUUUGAAAAGAGCUAAGGAUCUACAGAGAAGAGCAUCAAACGCUAGUUUCCCCAGUGUUGACCAAAUACUCAUCGACAAAACUCUGAUAACUUUACCUGAGACAUACCAUGGGGCUACCGUGACCUUUUACGAUCAAAAAGAUCGAAGUUUCAAAAGGUUCAUGGAAAUCCUCUCAGAAACUGCGACAAAGAUUUCAGAUGGAGACUCGGGAAAGGAGAUGAACACCAAAUUAAUUAAGAAAGAAUCAUCAAAUCGACUGGACAAGAACAACGAGAUAGACACCCUUAAGGAAAAAAUAUCAAAAUUUUCCAUGCACGAUGAAAACCAAUCCGUGAUUUCUUAG